GUAGUUGCGAGGAUGCACACAAAACAACCAACUAACAAGUUUCAGUGUCCCAACUACGCGUGGUAGUUUGAAGUUGUCCCCCUUCUCAGGUCCCAAACAUGUCUUUAGCAAAAAUUUAUAGUGUUUCGUUCAGUUUCUUGGUGGUUCCCUAGUGAGAUUAAUCUUGGCAGUUUGGCGUCCGUGGUUUUAGUUUCCAUUUGAAGUGGUUUUAAUGGGAAAUGUACUUAGUCUGAACAGUACCAGGACCAGAUGGAGUGAUCCCUAUGAGGUUUUGCAAGGUGAAGCCUGCAAGAGACAGAGGUUGUCCUCAAGCUAUAGUGAGGACACCUCAAGACUGAUUCCGUCCCUUCCUGAUGAGAUAUCAAUACAGAUUCUCGCUAGAGUUCCUCGAAUUCAUUAUCUAAAUCUGAGGUUAGUUUGUCAUGCUUGGAAGGCAUCCCUUGAGAGUUCAGAACUAUUUUGUGUGAGAAAAGAGCUUGGAACCAUGGAGGAGUGGCUCUACAUAUUAACAAAGGUCAAGGAUGAUAAGCUUUUAUGGUAUGGCUUGGACCCUCUUUCUAGAAGAUGGCAAAGAUUGCCACCGAUGCCGAAAGUGGGCUUUGAAGAUGAAACAAAGAAAGGUUUGGUUGCCUUUCCCCUGCGAAUGUGGAGCAUGAUUGGUUCAAGUAUCAGAAUUGUUGAUGCCAUAAUGAGCUGGCUCGGGAGGAGAGAUUUCCUUGACCGGAUGCCAUUUUGUGGUUGCUCCGUAGGAGCUGUUGAUGGUUGCAUCUAUGCACUGGGAGGAUUUUCACGAGCUUCGGCAAUGAAAUCUGUUUGGCAGUAUGAUCCUGUUAAAAACUAUUGGACUGAGGCGAGUCCAAUGUCAGUUGGUAGGGCCUAUUGUAGGACAGGUAUAUUAAAUAACAAACUUUAUGUUGUUGGAGGGGUUACUAGGUGUCGUGGUGGACUAAGUCCUCUUCAAUCUGCAGAAGUAUAUGAUCCUCAUACAGGCAUGUGGUCCCAAUUACCUAGCAUGCCUUUUGCAAAAGCUCAGGUGCUGCCAACUGCUUUUUUGGCUGACAUACUCAAGCCUAUUGCCACAGGAAUGGCUUCGUACCGGGGAAGGUUAUUUGUUCCUCAAAGUUUGUAUUGUUGGCCAUUUUUUGUUGAUGUUGGGGGUGAAGUUUAUGAUCCUAAUAUGAAUUCAUGGGUUGAAAUGCCAAUUGGCAUGGGUGAAGGCUGGCCAGCUAAGCAAGCUGGAACAAAAUUGAGUGUUACUGUCAAUGAUGAUCUAUAUGCACUUGAUCCAUCAAGUUCUCUUGACAGUGCAAAGAUCAAGGUAUAUGAUUAUGAAGGUGAUACUUGGAAAGUUGCAGCAGGAGAUGUUCCCAUUCAUGAUUUCACUGAGUCAGAAUCUCCUUAUCUUUUGGCUAGUUUGGUUGGAAAACUUCAUGUAAUAACUAAAGAUGCUAAUCACAACAUUACAGUGUUGCAGGCUGACAUGCAAAAUGAACAUUCUGAUUUAGCUUUCUCCCAAUCAAUAUUGUCAUCACCAAUUAACUCAUUCAGUCAAGAUGCUGAAUCUUCAGCAGAAACACAGAGAGAAUUUUGGAAGGUUCUUGCAACUAGGAGUGGUAGAUCUGCUGAACUAGUUAGCUGUCAAACCCUUAAAAUUUAGUUUUUGGGGGGAUAUGAAGUCCUCUUAAGGUCAUGACUCCUGAGUAUGUCUGUGUUGGCUGGUAUGGUUGCUAAUAUAAGCCACAAUGUUAGGAAGAUUUCAAAAUUGUAAAUGAUUUCUUUGCAAAUGAUUCAUAAGAUGUAACCAUUCCAAGUUACCCUCAUGAACAAAGAAGAAGAAAAAAACAAUUAUAACUAUCCAAAGCAAGAACAUCAUUCAAACAUACUGCAUCAAAAUCUGAGGUUGUUCGGGUUCCUUUUUUUACAUUAUGUUGAGUAUAUUAUCGUUUUGUAGCAUUUGGUUACUUGAUGAACAGGAUUACUGAAAUCAUCCAGUG